AGCGCUGAAUGCUUUCCACGCACGGGAUAGUUUCAACAUCGCUGCAAGCACACGAACUGGGUUGAGGCAAAUUUCCCACUAACAAAAUGAGCUGUGCCAUCACCCGAAUUAUUAAUGAGAACAAAGAUAAUUUUAAAGCUGCUCUAUCUAGGCGGCCUUCUGACUGCUUACAUGAUUCAGUUUACACCGUGCCAUCAGAGCGGCACCACCACAGGCCCAGGGUUAGGGCUUUCACAACAAAGGAACGAUUUAGAAAACUACAUGAGUCUGACUACAUGUUUUGCGGUGAGCCAUUGCUCACCUUCAAAACGGACCCAGCAGAGCCAAUGCCAUCCCGCUCUGAUUACCGCUGGCAAGCACAUGCUGAGCGACGCAGGGAGACGCUGCGGCAACUGGCUGGGAUUCAUCCAAAUUCUCAAACAUGCCUUGUGACUGGAGCUGACUACUGGAAAUACUAUAAACGGCCUUGGAUUCCAUUUGAACAAAAGUUCCCAGCAGAUAUUGUCUUUGAAUUUGCAGAGGAAGAUUUUAUAACCACUACUAAGGAGCAGCUGCCCGCUAAGCGCUCUCUGGGGGUUCAGACGGACUUCCGAGAAAGUGAGACCCAGACUGACCCAUACAGUCCUGAGUAUGUGGUGCAGCGUGGGAUGACACCCACAGAACUCCUGCAACUGGCAACUUUGACUUGGGGUCAUGGCUUGCCAGCAGGCCUUGCUGAGGUGGAAAUGAUAGAGCGAGCGCGUGAAAAGCGAAUCUGGGAGACCACCCUUCCUCCUCGCCACGACCUAAACCAGAUCGACAAGAGGAGGCGCAUGAUGGAGGAGAUGGAAGCCAAGGAGUGGGCUUUCAGGGAAAGCGAGAUUGAGAAAGUGCAGGUGACCCGCCUUGCUGUGCUGGAGGAGCUGCUGAGGCAGAGAGAUGAAGCUCAGAAGGAUACUGCAUAUGACCGACUAACCCAAUUAUAUGCUAAGCACCUGAAGGACAGGGAGCUCAGACUUGAGAAAUCCCACCACGCAUACAUAAGAUCAAUAAGAAAACUGGAAACUAAGAGGAAAAAUGUGGAGGGAAAACUGCAGCGACGGGACAUUGUUGAUGAUUUUCAGACUCACAAUGACAAGUUCCCUUAUGGCAAUAUGAAAAUGUUCAACAGUGACUACAUAAACACAUAUAAAGGCUUACAAGAGCUAGAGACAGGACUAGAGGCAUCACUGAAACAAGUGAAGAAACAAUGGAGAGACAUUAAGAGCAAAAAGAAGACUCCUGCACAAAUAGCAGUGGAGCUACUGGAGGAUUACAGGGCUGUCAGGGACGAGGAGGGCAAGGAGAUUGCAGUGAAGGUUCCCCGUUUUCCGUUUCGAAAAGAGAAGCCACUGCCUACUCCUCCUGUCACUCCAGCAGUGGAAAUCCCUUCAGAGGAGGAUGAGAACACAGAGCUUGCCGUCAUCUUUUUGCAGAAGCUACUCAGGGGAAGAAGUAUCCAGUUUGAGAUCUUCAAGGGCAAAGAAAACCAGCUGGAGCUCAUCAGGGAACUUAGGAAAGUUCACGCUCUGCAGGCUAGGGGGCAGCAGCUGCAGAAAGCAGAAAAAGACCACAUACUGAUGCUGAAGAGAGAGCGAGAUCAACAGAUGGAGAAGGUGAAGCUCAUUGCAACCAGUCCUAAGCGAUACAAGCUCAGCAAUGAGCCUGUCUCACGUGGUCUUUCUCCUCCGCAGGCCGCGACGAGGGAAGCGCGUCAGGCCGCGGUGAUCGGCGUGGACCUCGCGCAGGUGUUCUUCAUCUUGUCCCAGGAGCUGAUUCAUCUGCAGGAGGAGCGCAGGGUCCACGCUUUCAUGCUCCUGGCUGAGAGAGAGCGCCGUCGAAGGGAGGCGGAGGAGAGCGGGAGGCGUCAGGUGGAGGAGCGCAGGCGACAAGAACGAGACGAGAUCUUCAGAGAAAUUGUGCAGGUGCACCAGGAAAGCGUGGAUAUGUAUUUAGAGGACAUGAUUUUGAGAAAUGUGGAUUAUUUAGCCGAACAGCAAGCCAGGGAGGAUAUCCACAAGAAGGCACAGCAGCUCAAUGACAUUGCUUAUGCCAUGGAGGAAAGCAUGGACAAAUAUCAGCCAGAGGAGAUCGUGUCAGAGCUGGUGUACAGCUUUCUUAUUCCCGAGAUUGAGAAGAUGAGAGUCAGGCGAAGAGUUCAAUUGAAGCAGCUGAGACACUUGGAGGCAGCUAGGAGGAUCAUUCAUGGGUUUGAAGUCCCUGCAGAGAUCCAUUCACCCGAAACUCCAGAGGAGAGCACUGCUGAUGGGCCGGCUGAGGAAGCGAAGACGGGCCAAGAGACCCAAGAGUAGCAGAGAAAACAACCACAGCAGUCGCAAUCCUAGCAAACAAAGGAGUAAAGGUUCAAAUUUAA